AUGCCAGAUUUUGCUUCUGACACAGCGCAAGAAGAUCAGGGGGAUCACGGGGCCGCGACAACCCACUGGAGCUCACUUGGAACACUUCAAGGUUCUGGCAUAAAUGAGGAGUUUCUGCGUCACCUUGAGGAUGGAACCUGUGUUCACCAACCAGCGAGUCACGACUCCACACUUCCACCCGAAGGAACAGAGGAAACGUGGGAGCCCAUUCUUGCUGCUUCAAGGGCAGAGGCCUCUCACCCUCCUGACCUGAAACUGCAAACGUGCUCCGCUCGGGAUACUUCAGCGGCAAAGAGCAGCCGAAACAGGGCGUGUAGUGCCACAAGCACGCUGCAGCGGCAGCAACUGAGCAGCCCGCAAGACAGACAACAGGAACGCGUAACGGCUCGUCGAGAGCGCCAGCAGCAACUGACUGAGGCCCACAAUGAAUGGCGCUGGGCUGAACGCAUGCAGCGGGCAGCUAUGCACCGGCAGCGACGGAAUUUGGAGCCCAACUUUAGGACGGUGCUGCAAAUGCACCCAAGUCGUCGCUUGCCAACUUUAGAUGGGCAGAUCCGGCAUUCGAUCGGGACAUCCUUUUGCCCGCAUCGCCUCGCAAGCAUCUACAAUCUCUCUAUACGAUACUGGGAUGAGGGCUGCGUUCGGCUUGCUGCCAGGACGCUCCAAGGGGCCUUGCAAAUGCUGCAGCAGCAGGGGCUUUGGGGUGGCUGCGUUGCUCACACAUGGGAUUCAAUGGAAAUUUUGCGAGGCUCCAAGCAACUGCGACAUGCUGAAGCCACGUGUGCUGCUCCCCCACAUACAGACACCAAAAAGGAACUUGAGGAGGUGCGGGGCCACCUAGGUUCCCUCCUCUGCCGCGCCAGCCUCAGGGGAUAUGGCUCUGCAGUAUCGAAAGAAGCAGUUCGACGCUGUUCGCGAAUCAAAGAGGCAUUGGCUCGGGUUGAAGACGACCUGCUACUAUUACAAGAUCUGCAAGCGAGAUACAGUAGCCCACAAUCCUCAGAAUGGGGCAAUGACGUGCAACAGCGGCAGUUGCAGCGUUUAGUGCCACUCAACUUGAUGCCCUGCAUGAGCAAGAGAAUUAACCUCCAGCAUUACAAGAGGACUGCACACGGAGCUCCUGAUUGUGUCAAUGAUUGCGAGCGAUGGGCCCGAACUUUGCACGAGGUGCUGAUUAGGCAAAUUACGGCCAGAGACUACGUAGCCUACUGA